ACUGCCUGCGCGUCGGCUGCGCACCCAGUAAAGGCCCCGAGACGCUGUUUGCGGGGCACAAGCUCAAUGACAAUGAGUGGCACACAGUGAGGGUGGUCCGGCGUGGCAAGAGCCUGCAGCUGUCUGUGGACAACGUGACUGUGGAGGGACAGAUGGCAGGAGCCCAUACUCGGCUGGAGUUCCACAACAUUGAGACGGGCAUCAUGACGGAGCGGCGGUUUAUCUCCGUGGUGCCCUCCAACUUCAUCGGGCACCUGAGUGGGCUGGUGUUCAACGGCCAGCCCUACAUGGACCAGUGCAAGGAUGGUGACAUCACCUACUGCGAGCUCAAUGCUCGCUUUGGCCUGCGUGCCAUCGUGGCCGAUCCCGUCACUUUCAAGAGUCGCAGCAGCUACCUGGCCCUUGCUACACUCCAAGCCUAUGCUUCCAUGCACCUCUUCUUCCAGUUCAAGACCACGGCCCCUGAUGGGCUUCUCCUGUUCAACUCGGGCAACGGCAAUGACUUCAUUGUCAUCGAGCUGGUCAAGGGGUACAUCCACUACGUGUUUGACCUGGGGAAUGGCCCGUCCUUGAUGAAGGGGAACUCAGACAAACCAGUCAAUGACAACCAGUGGCACAACGUGGUGGUGUCCAGGGACCCAGGCAACGUGCACACGCUCAAGAUUGACUCCCGCACUGUCACGCAGCACUCCAAUGGCGCCCGAAACCUCGAUCUCAAAGGGGAGUUGUACAUUGGCGGUCUGAGCAAGAAUAUGUUCAGCAACCUGCCCAAGCUGGUGGCCUCCCGGGAUGGCUUUCAGGGCUGCCUGGCCUCAGUGGACCUCAACGGACGCCUCCCAGACCUCAUCGCUGACGCCCUGCACCGCAUUGGGCAGGUGGAGAGGGGCUGUGAUGGCCCCAGCACCACCUGCACUGAAGAGUCCUGUGCCAACCAGGGCGUCUGCUUGCAGCAGUGGGAUGGCUUCACCUGCGACUGCACCAUGACUUCCUAUGGAGGCCCUGUCUGCAAUGAUCCCGGGACCACAUACAUCUUUGGGAAGGGGGGAGCACUCAUCACCUAUACGUGGCCCCCCAAUGACAGGCCCAGCACGAGGAUGGAUCGCCUGGCUGUGGGCUUCAGCACCCACCAGCGGAGCGCUGUGCUGGUGCGGGUGGACAGCGCCUCCGGCCUUGGAGACUACCUGCAGCUGCACAUCGACCAGGGCACCGUGGGGGUGAUCUUUAACGUGGGCACGGACGACAUUACCAUCGACGAGCCCAACGCCAUCGUAAGCGACGGCAAAUACCACGUAGUGCGCUUCACUCGAAGCGGCGGAAACGCCACCCUGCAGGUGGACAGCUGGCCGGUCAACGAGCGGUACCCGGCAGGUAGGAAACUUGAUAACGAGCGCCUGGCGAUUGCUAGACAGAGAAUCCCCUACCGGCUUGGUCGAGUAGUAGAUGAGUGGCUGCUCGACAAAGGCCGCCAGCUGACCAUCUUCAACAGCCAGGCUGCCAUCAAGAUCGGGGGCCGGGAUCAGGGCCGCCCCUUCCAGGGCCAGGUGUCCGGCCUCUACUACAAUGGGCUCAAGGUGCUGGCGCUGGCCGCCGAGAGCGACCCCAAUGUGCGGACCGAGGGUCACCUGCGCCUGGUGGGGGAGGGGCCGUCCGUGCUGCUCAGUGCGGAGACCACGGCUACCACCCUGCUGGCUGACAUGGCCACCACCAUCAUGGAGACUACCACCACCAUGGCCACUACCACCACGCGCCGGGGCCGCUCCCCCACACUGAGGGACAGCACCACCCAG